AUGAAGGCAAAUCGCUCACGGUGCGAAACAUGGCGGCAGUGCCCGACUGCCGGACGAGCGGCGAUCAUCGAUGGCCGUUCGUCUGUGACUGAUCUUCAGUCAGAGUCGACAACGAAUUUCCUACUCGAUCGAUCCAGGCAGCAGGCCGGCCGAACAACACCAUGGCAACGGGAACGCUGCGAGUUGAACCUCGUGAACUGGAAGCUGGUGGAGGUUAGCGACCGAUUGCAAUUAACGAUCGACCACUGCCAUGAAGAAGGUCACGAUGACUUUUGA